AUGGGAAUAAUUGAUGAUGUCAAGGACACAGUGUCCAAGGCUGUGUUUACUCCUUCAACUCUGUUAUCCGGCCGAGGUGGGCUGCACAUGGCUCAGAUCAUCUUGUCUCUGGUCACCUUUGUCCUGGGUUUCUUAAGAGGAGGGAGCACCCAUACCUACUGGAACUACGCUAUGUUCACCUGGGCCUUUUGCCCCAUCAUGACCCUCAUCAUCACCAUCAUUGAGAUGUUUAAGCUUGAUAUCAUACUCAAUAUGUUUUGCAUGGACUGGUCUGACUUCACCACAGGGAUGGCCAUGUCCUCAACGCUCAUGACCGUCUCUGUCGCUAUCAGCUAUGCCAACUUCUACGUCUGCCUGAAAUUGAAAUGCCUCUACGGCAUCAUAGUGAGUGUGUUUGCUUUCUUGUCUGCCAUGGUCUACACACUUGAAGUGGUGAAGGACAAAAUCCUGGACAAGAAGAAGGGGAGCUACCUGGCUGCUCUGCCAGGAUUCUGGAAGGUUAUGGAGGCCUUUGUGAGCUGCAUUAUUUUUAUAUCACUGACUGGUUACAGAGACAAGCCAGCUCUGAUCUUUUGUGUCAUAGCAUAUGCCAUUCCUUUCCCCAUUCUGCCUGUAAUCAUAGCCACCAACAUCUUCAAGAAACUGAGAACGUGUUUGCCCUUUAACCUGGACAGGUUUGUGUUUAUAUUUCUGGUGAUCUCUGUUGUGCUGUAUAUAUUUGCUGCUAUUAUGUGGCCAAUUUUUACCUUCAAAAACAACCCUCGUCCCAGCGACUGCCCGCCCAGCUUCUGCAUCUGGGCCAUACAGUUUAUAGUUGCAUUCAUGACCUAUGUAAAUCUCAUUCUUUUCACACUGGACCUCAUUUUUACCCUGCUUGGCAUCUGUGGCUUUAAACGUCAAUAA